GUGAGGAAUCAACAUUCGAGCUUAUACUACGAUUUUCAUUUGUUUUACCGCGAGAGUAGGUAAAAAUAAACGUAUAUCUAUACAAAGUAAAAUCAUUUCAUACUUUUCUACUUCGCUAGUAGAGUGGUAGGUAAUCAUACCUCCUGUAAUUUCAUUAAAACUUGACGGAAUAAAUUAUCAUUAUGAUACUGGUGUAAUUAAAAUCGUGCUUUUUGUAUGUAAAACAGUGUAUUAUUAUUUCAAUCUGAGAUUUUCAUUAUUAAACUCGAUGUGAAGUGGACGUUUUUGUGUCCAAAAUGAAACACUAGCACUUACAUUGUUAGUCAGCAAACAUGUGCUUGCGAAUUCGCGUGUGAUGUGGAUGCUCAUAAAUGACCUUGUCAUAAUGAUAAAACUAGUUCUUCGUGUGCCUAAUGUAAACGACGCGGACGCAAACAUAUCUACAAUAUUUUUUACUAGUAUUUAAUCACAUAUUGAAGACUAAAGUGAACAGUGUCCAUUAUAAUAAACAUGUCUCUCGUUACAGUAUUAUUGGUUAUAUGUGUAGGUUUAUUUUUUUAUAAAUUAUGUUCGCCUAAUCGAAGAAUCUCAAUUUAUGGAAAUAAAAUCCCUGGUCCGAAAGCUUACCCGGUUAUUGGAAAUGGAUUAAGUUUUUUAACGAAAAAAUCUUUCUUGCUACUUAUGUACGACUUUGCUGCGACUUAUGGGAAAGUUUUCAAACUUUGGAUUGGAAAACAGUUAUUCAUCGUGUUGACUGAUCCGACUGAUAUAGAGGUAUUUUUGUCAUCCACGAACAAACACCUCGAUAAAUCCGAUUCGUAUCGUUUUCUCGACUCUUGGCUGGGUGACACUAAUUUGCUCACUGGUGACGGCGAUAUAUGGCAAAUCCAUCGUAAACUAAUCACACCUUCGUUUCAUUUCAAAAUGUUGGAAAAUUCCACCGGUAUGAUCACAAGAAACGCUGAGAUUCUCGUCGAUCAGUUGGAAAAACUCGUCGAUGGGUCAGACUUCGAUAUCGAAUCGUUCGUGGAAAAAUGCAGCCUUGAUAUUAUUUGUGAAAUGGCAAUGGGUACUAAAAUGGAAACGCAGUUAUCCAAAAAUACCCAGUACCUGGAUAGCAUCAAAACUAUGACUGAUACAAUUGUGAAACGUGCAGUGUCUCCCUGGUUACAUCCAGAAUUGAUAUUUCGAUUCACAAAAAUUGGCGAAUUUUAUUUUAAAGCUCUUCACGUAACAAAAUGUUUCGUUUUGAAGGUAAUUAGUGAACGAAGAAAAGCAUUACAAGAGCACGGUGAAAUUUCCUCAAUGGAAGAACAAGAAGGACGAAAACAAGCGCAGCCAUUUUUAGAUUUCCUCCUUACUAAAAGUAGUUUUUCCGAAGCUGAAAUAGAAAACGAAGUUCAAACUUUCAUGUUUGCUGGGCACGAUACUACCAAAGCUACAAUUUCUUUCUGCCUGUAUUGUUUGUCUAGAAACGAAGACGUACAAAGCAAAUUGUUAGAAGAAAUAAAAACAACUUUUUCAGACACAGAAGGAAAUCCAAGUUAUCAAGAUUACGUUAAUAUGAAAUAUUUAGAAUGCGUGAUAAAAGAAACCAUGAGAUUAUACGCAACAAUUCCUAUCGUUUCGAGAAAAGUCAACGAAGAUGUUCGACUUCCAAGUGGAUUCUUGCUUCCAACUGGAUCUUUAGUGAAUAUGUUUAUAUUUUUUUUGCAUCGAGAUAAAAAUCUCUAUCCCAAUCCAGAGAAGUUCUACCCUGAAAGAUUCGAAAGCAGGGAUAACAGACCUCCAUUUGCUUUCAUUCCAUUUAGCGCUGGUCCGAGAAACUGCAUAGGACAAAAAUUUGCCAUGAUUGAGAUGAAAAUCAUCAUAUCGAAGUUAUUAUUACAAUAUCAAUUUUUGCCAGCGAUAAAAUCUGAUCCUCCAAUGAUAGAAACGUGUUUGGUGAUUCGUUCGAUGAAUAAACUACCUGUGCGAAUUACACAACGAAAUUCGUAAAAUAUUUAAACUAGGUUACUUUCAAAUAGUCUUCCAGUUUAAUGGUUUUUUGAAUACAUCAUAUUCAUCGAACACAAUAUCACAGCAAAUGAAGGAUCUCGAAUGAGCUAAUCGUUGAGCGUGUAAACAGGUUGAUUUAUUCUAAAAAAAAUAUAUGAUAUAAAUAUUAUUGAAUAAUGAAUUGUCAAAUCAGUAGCUUAUGAUUUUUUUAUUCACUUACUCAUUUUGCUGAAUUUCAAAAUAAACAGUAAUUCUCCUUGAA